AUGCAUUUCUUAGCCAUUCUCCUCACAUUCGCUCUCCAAGCUACUCAUGUAGCCUCUCACUAUCCCAACUCCUACUCUUUCGAUCCAUUGCAUCAUCUAGCUGGAACCGCACCUCCAUUUGAUCCUCAAGAUCCACCUACCGACCCUGCUCCUCCUCAAGGGUGCAAUGUUACUCGAGCUGCGUACCUUGUUCGCCAUGCCGCAAUCUAUGCCAAUGACUUCGAUUAUGAAGAGUACAUUGAGCCAUUUGUGCAAAAGCUUGCAAACACAUCGGUUAAAUGGGCAAGCAUACCAAGUCUUUCCUUCCUUUCGACAUGGCAAGCGCCUAUCACCGAUCCCGAGAUCGAAAUGUUGACGAGGUCGGGUAAGUUGGAGGCUACAAACUUGGGUGUGGACAUUGCACAGAGAUACCAAAGCUUGAGAACUCCGAACAAGAUAUGGACAUCUACUGCAGAGAGAACCGUGAAGACUGCGCAGUCGUUUUCCAAUGGAAUUGCAGAUGAUGCUUCAGAUAUUGAGAUUGUUCAGAUAUACGAAGGAAAGAACGAUAGUGCGAACUCCUUGACGCCAUAUAGUUCUUGUCCAGCAUACAGUUCCUCUGGCGGCAGUGAUCAAUCCGGCGAAUUCCAAGAAAUCUACGCCAAACCCAUAACUGCACGAUUCAACAACCUAGCUCCAGCAUUCAACUUCACCGCCGACGACGUAUAUGGAAUGUCGCUCCUCUGCGGCUACGAGACCGUCAUCCGCGGCUCAUCACCCUUCUGCGACCUCUCCGUUCUUUCUCCUACCGACUGGCUCGGUUUCGAAUACACCAACGACAUCCAAUACUUCUACAACAGUGGGUACGGCAAUGAAGCAUCGGGAGCAAUCGGGUUUCCCUGGGUAAACGCCACAUUCAACACUUUAAUGACGACGCAAAACAACGCCUCAAACGCGACCGCCGAUCAAGAUCUCUACAUCUCAUUCACGCACCGCGAACUCCCACCCACGGUCAUCGUCGCCAUGGGUCUCUUCAACAACUCCGCAUAUACAGGAUCCAACAACAUCAACAACACCAUGCCCCUGCACCAAAUAAACUACGGCCGCGCAUGGAAAUCUAGUGCCAUUCUUCCAUUUUUGACAAACGUCGCGAUUGAGAAGAUGGAAUGCGAUAGUUUUGGGUAUGAAGCAGGAACUUACUAUAGAGUGCUGGUCAAUAAUAGUCCUCAGGAUUUAGUGACGUGUACGGGGGGACCAGGAACGAGUUGUAAGGAAGAUGAUGUGAGGGAGUGGUUGGGUGAGAGGGCGGAGGUUGUGGGCUCGUAUGUGGAUGUUUGUGGGGUGGAUUAUGGGAAUGGGAAUGGGACGGAUGUGUUGAGUAUUUAUUAG